AUGUACCUCGCGAUUCUGUCUCAAAGACUCUAUGUGAUGACGAUAGCUCCCGAUGAAGAGCCGCCGGAUAUGCUACUCUCUGAAAGCGAUAGCGACAGCGACGACACUGUCGACGAAACUCCCAGAAAGCUCAGUCGUUGCUCCAAUGCCCAUCAUGAAUUGUUUGAAGAGCAAACAACAUAUAUAAGAGCCAAGCGCAUGUACCUGGAGAAAAAGUAUGCAAUUCUGAGCAAGAUCGACUCAUUGGUCGAUCGAAUACAAAUCAGCAUCAAGGUGCAAACAUCCCGCCCCCCAUCCAAACAGCAACGGACGAAAGUCGAUGACGACAUCGAGGAGUCUCUGCUGACAUAA